AUGGAGAGCCUGGCGAGAGUGUGGCUCAUCGCCCUCGCUUCCUUGCUCUACGUAUACGCCGUCGUCGCCAGGCUACCAAAGAACGCUUCGCGUCUCAUGGCUGUGCUGCCCAUCGCCUACCUCUUCCUGAAGAUCCCCUGGCUGCUUUCCUCCCUCUUUUUCCGCACCGUCAGCGCCUUCUGCCUCGUCUGGCUCUGCAACUUCCGCCUUGUCCUUUUCUGCUUCGAUUCGGGACCCCUAGCCGAGAACCGCGACUCGCUCAUCCGCUUCCUCGUGUUCGCGGCCCUCCCCAUCAAGGCGCAGCAGCGCGCUGGCGGAUCCACCAGCAAACUCCAGCAGCCGCCGCACCUUCUCCGCUCAGUGGCGAAUCUCGCGAUGGAGGCAAUCGUCAUGCUUCUGUGUCUGAGAGUAUACGGGCACAAGGAGGCGCUGCCGCACCAGAGCAUCGUCAUCUUAGUCUACGGCCUGAACUUGAUGGUCACAGCUGACGGCCUCUUCGUCGCCGCGGCGGUCCUUGCCCGGCUGUGCCUGCGCGUGGAGCUGCAGCCGCAGUUCAACCGGCCUUUCCUAUCGAGUUCGAUCCGCGACUUCUGGGCGCGCCGAUGGAACCUUGUCGUCAGCAGCACGCUCCGCGAGGCCGUGUACCAGCCGGUUUGGGCGGCGUGCAGGGGAGUAAUCGGCCGGAAGAGGGCAAGGGACGUCGGAGUGAUGGCCGCUUUCCUGGUAUCCGGCCUGAUGCACGAGGUACUGCUGUACUACAUGACGUGUCAAGCGCCGAGCUGGGAGUGGGCAGCCUUUUUUACUCUGCACGGCCUCCUAGCGGCGGCUGAAGAGUGGUUGGAAGGGCUGCUGGGGCCUGGGCUAGUGGGUGGCCUGCCGCGAGCCGUAAAAAUCGGUAUGACUUUGACGGCGUUGUUUUCAACGGGCACGUGGCUCUUCUUCCCUCCCGUGAUCAGACACAAUCUCGAUCUCAAGGUGGCGUCUGAAGUACAAGAUGGUGUCCGAUUUCUGGCCCAUCGCUUAACGGCUGCUGCUGGCCAUGCAACGGCUGCCUUUCAUCUCUGA